AUGAGCAGUGAUCCUUUUUCCAUCACGCUGAAGACAGCAGUGAACACUAGGGCGCCGCUGAGCGACCGGGUGUCAUGGCGGCGGCAAGUAAAGGAGGUUGUUUCUGCCAAAUCUGCGCUGCACCGCGGCAUUCAUACAACAUAUGACGCCGCAUACAACUUCGUCCCCGCGCGCACGGAUCCUUCCGACGGGAACCGCUUCCUCUCCCUCCUCCGCUCCCGAGUAGGAGCAGCGGGAAGUGGCAAAAGUGCUCGUCUUGAAAUUGUUACCGCGCCCGUGGCAGAGGAACACCUACAGUGCGAGCGGAAGCAGCCAGCGGUACCACGGCAUUCUUUGCCGUCGCAGCCAGAGGAGGAAUUGCAGGUGUCGAGUAAUUUGCGGUUCUUCGAGCCCGUCCUCACCAGACACAUGCCGAGUGAAUGGGAAACGGAGCAGCAGGCGAGUAGUCGCAAUGUAUUACCGGUCGCGUCGCAUGGCUUCUACAGCACCGCCCGUAAGAUUGAGCAUGAGGACGACGACAGACGCAGCGGCCUCGUCGGAAACACACAGCGGACAGUAGACAUCAUGCGGAAAAGGGCAAGCAACCCCCUUCUCUGCCCGGCCGCCAACAAGUACCACAGUUUUCGACCUGUCCGUCCGCCAUGCGUCACCGACGAGAGCGGUCGUCCCGCAAGCUACUGUCUUGACAUUGUCGACUGUACACAACUUGCCCCGACGACGGAGGAACAGUUGGGCUUUGACAUGGGUCCCAUUGCCCGCUUGCCGAAUACGGCAACCCUGUCGCAGGCGCUCGACGUGCAGCAGCGCGUCAUCACACAUAUGGGAACGUCGCAUCCGCUCUUUGUUGGCACGGCGAAGGUGAUGGAAACGGCGGUACCCAACUAUACGGGCCAUGCCCCCUGUCACCCACGCAACAUUGCGGCAAUACGCGGCAACGACACCGACCCGCUGCGCCUUUGGAGCAAGUCCUUCAUGACGCUCGCCGAACAUGGUGGUGGUGUAGACGCAGGAAAUAACUGCAAAAACCCACUGGUGCGGAAACGUGGCGGGAUACGUGCGCCGCAAUCAAAAGAACUUCCACCCAAGAGUGAAAAGGGCAUCCGCAGUACGGUUGAGGGCUCCAUGUUGCAAGCAACUCUAAAGGACACGUUGCCUGCCGAACAUGCCAUAAACCAACGUGAAGACAAGGCGCUCAACUCUCUUGCGUAG